AUGCGAUUCCUCAUUAUUUGUUCGUCGAUUCUCGCCAUUGCGAGCUGCCAGCAAUGCGCGAACAACAACUUCCAAGGGCCCUGCGAUGACACCAUGCCGUGCCCCACCGGACAAUUCUGCAUCGCGUCGGAGGGCAGUUGCUGCUUGGACUCGGACGCUGUUCAAACGACCGCCGCCGGUGGAGCCACUGGCGCCACUGGUGCCACAGGAUCGACUCAAUCGAACGGCGGUGCGACGACGCCGAGAACGACGGGCUCUUCGGGAACAUGCGUCGAUCUUCUCAAUCCAUCGACCGGCGUUUCCGAUUGUCCACGCCGAGCGAAUCUUUGCAACGACGCGCAAUACUAUGAUAUUAUGACGAGACAAUGCCCAAGGACUUGCGGAAGAUGCGGCUCACAAGGCGGCUCGACGACCCGUUCGACUGCAACAUGCGUUGAUCUUGUCAAUCCGCGAACUGGAGUUUCCGAUUGCCCUGGAAUGAGCUCGUACUGCACCAACUCGCUCUAUCGCGAGGUGAUGAGAGUGCAAUGCCCGAGGACUUGCAACUUGUGCGGAUCUGCCACCGGCGCUACCGGCGCCACGACUCGCAGUGGAACCGCCACCACGAGAUCAUCAGGAACGUGCGUCGAUAAGGUCAACCCGAGAACCGGCGUUUCGGAUUGCCCGCGCAGCGCGAGCUUGUGCAACGACUCGCGAUACGCGACGCUGAUGCGCACCGAAUGCCCGAGAACAUGCGGAUUCUGCUAA